AUUUAAUUAAUUUAAAUGGAUUUUGCGCUUUAUUUUUUUUUAUACGAUCUCCGAUUCUCUUAAUUUCUCUCUCCAUAGUUCCUACUGCUUUCAUGCCGUCUGAGGUUUCGUACUCUCUCUCCGUCUCAAGUUCGUUCUCUCUCUUUCUCUUCCUGUGGGUCUCCGUAUGGAUAGAUCCUUCAAAGCUUUUGAGCAAAGAUCCUCUCAGCUUGCUUUUCUGAAUAUUCUUGAAAUUUAUCUCAAACUUCUAGUAAACCUUAGUAACCUCUCUCUCUACUCUAUACCCUGUGUUCAAGUAUUGGGAGGUUGACUAAAAUACUGGCAUUAUAGUUGCAGAGAUUCUUCUGAGCUUUUAAACUAGACGCCUCUGGAGUGAAAUGUCAGCUAUCCAUCUUAUGCAAAAUCAGACACUACAAGGAGGAAAUUGCAUCCGGGUUUACUGCAACUCUUUCUUUUCUCUUUAUUUUAGUGGGUUUUGAGUGAAUGCUUUCCUGUGUAAUACGCUGCUUGCUCUUCUUUUAUUCAUAAAAUAAUGCACAUGACUUGGAUCCUAAAUUCUUUUAAACUUCUAUGAUUCUUUAAUACUUUCUAAGUAACUUAAAAGAUUCCUGGGGAGACUUGAAGUUUUCAAUGAUCUGUUUCAUCCAAAAUUCCAAAUAUGCAGAGACCUUUGUGGGAAAAUGGUGGGUUUUAAUCAAAUUCUAAAGGCAUGUAAAGGGAAGAGAUCGAUAGUAAUAAUAAUGCUAUGAAAAGGAUGCUAAAUUGGAGAGUAUCAGUGGCGAUUGCUGUGAAUGGGAAGGUUGUGAAGAAGCAGAGAUGGUUUGCUCUGCAGAUGAGUUGGUGGAGUGGAGGGACUUUCCUAAGGGUCUCAGAGUUUUACUCUUGGAUGAAGACAGUCAGUGUGCUGAGGAAAUCAAGUCCAAGCUCGAAAAAAUGGAGUAUAUCGUGUCGACAUUUUAUGAUGAGAAUGAAGCGCUUGCUGCAUUGUCAAGUACUGCCGAGAACUUCCAUGUUGCUAUAGUUGAGGUGAAUACUGGUGCCAACCAUGGUAGUUACAAGUUUCUUGAGACGGCUAGGGACUUACCCACUAUCAUGGUUUCAAACAUCCGUUGCUUGAGCACCAUGAUGAAGUGCAUAGCACUUGGUGCAGCAGAAUUCCUUCAGAAACCACUAUCUGAAGAUAAACUUAAAAAUAUAUGGCAGCAUGUGGUUCACAAGGCCUUUAAUGCAGGAGGUGAUCUCUCCAAAUCCUUGAAGCCCCUGAAGGAAACUGUAGCAUCCAUGCUUCAGCUUCCUGCUAAUGAAGCUGAGCACCUUUCUCUGAAACCCCUAAAAACAGAGCAGACUUGCUCUCCAUCUGCUGAAAAUGAGGUUAAGCCCAAGCCAUUGGUGAUGAAUGAGAGGUUCCCUGCUCCAUCUACUCCUCAAUUGGAGCAAGGAGAGAGAGUAGCAGACCAGGGUGAUGGCCAUGAGCUGCCCAACUCGUCAGAAGAGAAAGAGACAAUAGCUAAGGAUGGGCUAUUUUCUAAAUUGGAGAAACAAAGUUUUUCUGAAUCAAAAUCUGUCGAAAAUACAUGUGACAAGUCAGUUUGUCUAGAUGCACCUGCCCCCGAAGAGAACUCAUCAUUAGGACCCAUCAUUGGAGCCGAAGAGGAGGUAGAUUCAGCUGAGGGUUCUAAGUUGGAAGAAGGAGAGUCCACAAACCACUCCACCAUGUCAUGUCAUUCGCGAAAAGGAGAAAAGGGUGAAUGCACCAGCCCUAGUAAACGAAAGAAGGGAAUAGCAGUUCCUCCCAAUCCCUGUAACUCGAGUAGGAAGAAAAUGAAGGUGGACUGGACACCAGAGCUUCAUCGUCGGUUUGUUCAGGCUGUUGAGCAGCUUGGCAUUGAUCAAGCCAUCCCUUCUAGGAUAUUAGAGUUGAUGAAAGUUGAGGGUCUAACCAGGCAUAAUGUAGCAAGCCAUUUACAGAAAUAUCGGAUUCACCGAAGGCAUGUCCUACCAAAGGAAGACUUGGGUGGGCGACGGAACUGGGUACACAGAGAGCCUCUGCCCAGGGCUUAUACCAACAAACCUCUCAUUGCGCUCCCGCCAUUGCAACCAAGUGGGUGCCCUCCUCCUCUCUUCCCUGUUUGGGGCCAUCCAAGCAACUAUGCCACUACCUCCUCCAUUCAUGGAUGGGGUCCCACGUGGCAACCUAGGGUGCAUGCUGAUGCAUGGGGUUGCCCUGUCCUCCCAAUGCCAGGUUCCUGCGUUUACUAUCCUCAAAAUAAUGCGUCAUCAUGUUUCGGGGUGGAUCAUGGCAAUGAUAGUGGCAGUGAUGCUUGGAAGAAUUUCCUCGAUCUGCAUCCGGCGGAGUCAGUGAUAGAUGAGGUAGUGAAGGAGGCAAUAAGCAAGCCAUGGCUGCCCCUCCCCCUUGGCCUCAACCCACCCUCCACCGAUAGCGUCCUCUCUGAGCUCCAGAGACAAGGCAUUACCUCCAUCCCACCUCCACCUCCACCUCCACCUCCUCACCACCGCCGCCACCACCACAACCACAACACAUAGUGUUUGAUAGGGAGAGGGGGCGUUCUCCAGCUCCUCACCACCACCGCACAAAGAGUUUGCUGAAGAGAGAAAGAGAGGGGGGUGGUUUAAGAGUGUUUUUGAGAGAAGGAAAGUAGUUAGAGUUGAGAGAGAAAGGAAGGUAAUUGAGAGACAUGGGGAACGCGUUGGUUGGAUACCAACAAACAUUAAGAUGAAGAUGAAGAUGAAGAUUAAAGUGAAGAUGAUGAUGAUGAUGAUGAUUGGGAGUCAUAUACAAGAGGUGGAGAGAGGGGUUGGGUACCCGACCACGUGGUGGAGUUAUCAACCACAAAACCCAUAUGUGGCUGAUGGCCUACCACGAGCCUCUUCUUGCGUAAGACACUCACUCUUUCUCUCUCUAAUCUAAAGGGGGAUCUUCCAUCUGAGAAAUUCAAAAGUGGAAGCAAAGGAUAAGUUCCAACGUCAAAUCAAUUCCUGCUGCUGCUGAUUUUGUCUCCACAACGCAACAGCGAAUUGCCUAAAAAAAGAGGCCCCUCCACUCAAUGUCUCUGCACCGGACCCUUUUCCUCUUUUGUAAACAUUCACCCACAAAAAUACCCACCAAAUCCUCUCUGUCCCUACCCCCCCCCCCCCGCCCCCACCUAGCUCCUAUUUCUCUGCAAAUUCAAUAAUUGAUGAGUUCCUCUUUUUUUCCUCACAUCGAACGCCUCUUUUGUUGGAAGUUGUCUCAAAAUGAAACGGAUCACACUUCUUUUUCAUUCUAUCCAUAUAAGGUGCGUUGUAUAUUA